GCCGUCUCCCCGUCGAAAUUUCCGCCGUCUGUCCAACUCUCUCCUUUUAAAAUCCUCAAUUUUUUCUCACUAAUUUUAUCUCGAAUAAAACCCUAACCGACGUCGAAUCGAUUGACCGUAGCUUCGAUUCGGGUUCCCUAUCCCUAGAUCUGCGUAGUCUUUUAGCUUGAAUCGGAUCGAGUUAGGGUUUUCGAAGAUGGAAUCCGAGGAUCAGAAUCCCUCAGGAGGCGGAUUCUUCUCAGCGAUCACGUCGAGCGUGAGGAUUUGGGGCACGGCGAUGCAUAAAUCGGUCAAUGGGUUACUGGGGUACGAAGGACUUGAGGUAAUCAAUCCUGAAGGAGGUACUGAGGAUGCAGAGGCGGAAGCUAAAAGAGGAAGAUGGAAGCAGGAGGAUCGCGACAGCUAUUGGAAGAUGAUGCAGAAAUAUAUAGGAUCGGAUGUUACAUCAUUGGUGACGCUGCCAGUCAUCAUUUUCGAGCCAAUGACAAUGCUUCAGAAAAUGGCAGAGUUAAUGGAGUACUGUCACCUGUUAGAUCAAGCUGAUGAAUGUCAGGAUCCUUACAUGCGGCUGGUAUAUGCAUCUUCCUGGUUCGUAUCCGUAUAUUUUGCCUAUCAGCGUACUUGGAAGCCUUUCAAUCCCAUCCUUGGAGAAACAUAUGAGAUGGUUAACCAUAAUGGAAUCACAUUUCUUGCAGAGCAGGUCAGUCAUCACCCUCCAAUGAGUGCAGGACAUGCUGAGAAUGAGCAUUUUACAUAUGACAUAACUUCCAAAUUGAAGACCAAGUUUUUGGGAAACUCAGUGGAAUUCUAUCCAGUUGGAAGGACUAGGCUUACUCUCAAAAGAGACGGUGUUGUUUUGGACUUAGUGCCGCCACCCACAAAGGCUAACAACCUUAUUUUUGGUCGCAUGUGGGCUGACUCACAUGGAGAAAUGAUCCUGACCAACUUGACUACCGGGGACAAAGUUGUGCUAUACUUUCAACCAUGUGGCUGGUUUGGGGCUGGCCGAUAUGAAGUGGAUGGUUAUGUGUAUAACGCAGCAGAAGAACCCAAAAUGCUGAUGACGGGGAAAUGGAAUGAAUCAAUGAGUUGCCAACCUUGUGAUCAAGGAGGAGAGCCCCUACCAGGCACCGAGCUAAAGGAGGUGUGGAGCGCUGCCGCUACUCCGGAGAAUGACAAGUACCAGUAUACAUAUUUCGCACACAAGAUAAACAGCUUCGACACUGCCCCCCAAAAGCUAUUGGCAUCAGACUCUCGCUUGCGCCCUGAUAGAUAUGCUCUUGAAGAAGGCGACAUGUCAAAAGCUGGUUCAGAAAAGAGCAGACUAGAGGAAAGGCAGAGAGCAGAGAAAAGGAAUCGGGAGGCCAAGGGGCACCAGUUCACUCCGAGGUGGUUUAACAUAACAGGUGAGAUUACCCCAACUCCUUGGGGCGACCUUGAAGUGUACGAGUACAACGGCAGAUACACCGAACAUAGGGCUGCGAUCGAUAGCUCCAAUACCGUUGAGGAGAUCGACAUCAACACCCUCGAAUUCAACCCCUGGCAGUAUGGCAAUUUAUCUGCUGAAUAAGGUACUUUGAGUCACAAGCAACUCAAAUCCUAGUUCUUAAAUUCUUAUAGAAUUUGUUUGUAAAUGCAUUUUGGUAUGAAGUUUAUGUUACAUAAUUUGAAAGGCAUAUAUUUAUGUAAAAGUUUGUAUUUGUGAUGGCAAACAUUAUUUUAGUCCAAAAGGGGGUGUUGUAGAGGGUGUUUUGAUGUAUUUGUGUUAUUUUCCUUACCUAGUAAAUAGCAGUUUGUGUCUCUCA